GACUUGAAUACACGUUUGAAGAAGUUGAUUGGGUCGCACAAGUUGAUGUUAUUCAUGAAAGGAUCACCGGAUGCUCCCCAGUGUGGUGCGUUUAUUAAAUUUCCUCAUUUCAGUUUUUGUUCUGUAGGUGCAAAUGAACUCACAUUUUGUAUCUAUUCGACGUUCAUGAACUUGAAUCGCUUUUCUAAACAAAUGGUCGGAUUACUUGAUGAACUCAAUGCCGAUUUUGGGUAUUUCGAUAUCUACACUGAUGAGGAGGUUAGACAGGGUUUGAAGACAUACUCAAAUUGGCCGACAUUCCCGCAGUUAUACCUCAAUAGCGAACUCAUUGGUGGACUUGAUGUUCUCCGGGAAGAAAUUAAGGACAAUGAUUUUGUCGCGAAACUUCCGAAAAGGCAGACAAAUGAUUUGAAUUCUCGCCUGAAAUCACUCAUUGAAUCUCACAAGUUAAUGCUUUUCAUGAAGGGUGAUCGCGAACAACCGCAAUGCAAAUUUUCUCGCCAAAUGAUUGAGUUGCUCAAUGGAGUUGGAGCUGACUAUGGCACCUUUGAUAUUCUUAAGGACGAAGAAGUACGGCAGGGUCUCAAAACGUACUCCAACUGGGCCACUUAUCCUCAGCUUUAUUUGAACGGAGAACUUCUCGGAGGUUUGGACGUUGUGAAGGCUGAAAUGGCCGACGAAAACUUCGUUUCGUCGUUGCCAAAGAAAUCUUGA